UAGGAGAACCUUUUAGGACAUCAAUUCUAUUUUAUAUCUGUGAGAAAAGAUCGGGAAAACUGAGAGGAAAAAUUUAUCGGGGAGAGAGAGUUUCAUUGUUCAUGGCUUCUCGUAGGAGACCAUUCAUGAGUAGCUUCAGAAAACCACCAUCGACGAGUUUUGAAGAUCUAACUCCAGUAGAAAACUCUGAUUCGCAGCAUCAUUCAGCAAAUCCUUCCAAUCAGGGAUCAUCAUUUGCUUCAAUUGGUAAUCUUCAAUCAAUGAACUCGAUUGAAGAUUCAUUGCCUGGAAUUUGCGAUCAGCAUCAUUCAGCAAAUCGCUCCAAUCGGGGAUCAUCAUCUGCAUCAAUUGGUGAUCUUCAAUCACUGAACUCGAUUGAUAAUUCAUUGCCCGAAAAUUUCGAUCAGGUAUUGGUGCCCCUCUUUCGUUUUCUCUUCUCCUCUCAUCAAACUCAGAUCUGUAUUGAAAAUUCCAUACAUACACACACCUAUAUAUAUUUUAUUAUGAAUUAG